CUGAAGUAGAAGCCAAGAAUUUGCAUUCCUACUCAAUUCCCCAAUGAUGUGCAAGCUGCCAAUGCAAAGGACAGACAUGCGGAACCACUGACGGGAGGACUGUCAAUGGCAGGAUACCAGCUGUGGUCACCAUGGACCCCACUGGAUGAGAGCUUCCAAUGGCUGCGGCACACGACACCCACCCCUUCCUCCAAGCACCCCUUUAAAGGCUCCCCCUGCUUUGCGCACACCCCUUCUGACCUGGAAGUGCAGCUGUGCUUUCAAGAGGUCACUCUAGUGCUAGACACCCCAUUCCUGGAAGCUGGAGUCAGUCCCAAGUUACCGUGCCACACAUCAGAGCUCCGGAUCAUCAACAGCAAGAAGGGCCCGGUGAGGAAGCCCCAGCCUGUCCGGCUCAGUGGAGUGGAUUCUGUCUUUGGCAGGGUCAUCACGGCCCAGCCACCCAAGUGGACGGGGACCUUCCGGGUCUCAGACAAGUCAGCCUUCUGCAAAAUCAUCAGCAGGGAGCACCAGUGGCCCACGGGCCUCAAGGAGCCUCAGAUCCAGAUGACGGUGACGAUGUGCAAACAGAUGCUGCGCUCUAUCCUCUUGCUGUAUGCAACCUACAAGAAGUGCACCUUUGCUUUGCAACACUCCAAGUAA